AGAAAGUUGAUGAGCGGCAUUGAUGGCGGUUGAUGGGACGUCAGUCAAAAUUCUGAAUCCCAUCAAGGGAGGACACAGAGACCUCUGCUUCUGAGGAUGAGCCAGAAGAGCCAGAGCCAGGAGGUUCUACAGACCGUCUCCCAGCUGUGGCCAGUACCAUGCCCUUCCAAAAGUACCCAGUGACAUAUCAAGAUCUAAAGAUGAGGGUCCUGUUCAGCCGUGUCUGGCCAAAUUCCCAUUUUGCUACUUCUCACCAUAACCGAAGAAUUAUGCUGUUCUGAACCUGCAUAAGGUACUUCAUGUCAACAUGAUGUUACUGUGGAAAAAUUGGUGCCAAAUUGUUUUGUUUAUAGUGUGUGCUUAAUAAACCACAGAUUGCAUACACAAAUCUUAUCUCCUGUGUGCUUAAGAUGUAUUUGUAUAAUAUUUAAACAUUUACAGACUCUGAUUGAAAUUGAUUGUUUGAGAAACACAUUCACUGGCAUAGUCUGUGGGCCCCCUGAAAUAGCCUUGGCCACCCUCUGGCCACCCCAAGGUUAAAAGUCUAGCUCCGCCACUGCACACUGCAGGUCAAUCUGCUUUGAUUCUGACUGCGAGAGGAAUAAAUUCCAGCCUAAAAGCCAGUCUAUUGUCGUGCACCAGAACACAACGCAGUGUAGUCGGAGCCUGCAGACCAUUCUGGCUACAUACUCACCGGAGAAACUGUGCGCAGUGCAACCACGCUUCAGAAUUUUUAGAGAUAUUCUGUUGCAAGAUUCAGUAAAAAAUGGCCGAUCAGCAGCUUUUCAGGGCUCGCCGCAUGUUUGUGGCCAAGAUCUCAACCCCUGUUAUGGCGGAUCUCUUGAAUGACCUUUUGGCUGAUAGAAUCUUAAAUGAAAGAGAGAGAGAGUGGGUAUUUGAGGAGCACCUGGCCAGAGCAGACAGAGCAUCAUGCCUCAUAGACAUGGUGAGGAGGAAAGGGGCCAGGGCCAGUCAAGAGAUGAUCACAAACCUGCAGAACAUAGACCCUCUACUCCACAAUGUCCUGUUUCCGCCUGUUGGACAAGCUGAUGAGGCAGCUGAAGAGCAGGAUCCACCGAUAUCCCCUGUCCUCACCCUCUGUGAUGAAAACUUCAAGACACACAUCCAAAGAACUGAUAAACUUGCUUACCCUGUGAUGCCCAAGUCCAAUAGGACACGUGUGGCCCUGCUAAUCAAUGUUCGGAAUUUUGUCAACAAGAAGUGGAUAAGGAAAGGAUCUGAGAAAGAUGAUGCUGCAAUGGCGACUCUGCUCACUGCUCUGGGAUACAGAGUGGUGAGACCUGAAACUGGUGAACCCAGGAAAUACACUGGAGAGGACAUUGACAAGGCUGUGAAGGACUUCGCUCAGCUUCCUGACCUGUCCCAGACAGACAGUGUCAUCGUGGUCAUCAUGUCUCAUGGGAAAAAGGGGGCUGUCUAUGGCAGCCGUGGGAAGGCGGUGAAUCCCAAUGAAAAAGAUGACUUGUUCCCCAUUGACAAUAUCUUUGAGUACUUGAAUGCAAAGAACUGUCCUGCACUACGGGACAAACCAAAGGUCAUCAUCAUCAACGCCUGCAGAGGAGGAAAUGAUGGAUCUACGGCUGCUAAUAAAAAAGAUGGUGCUCCUGCACCCACACCAGGCUCACACAGGCCUGCUGAUACAGAUGCCUUGGAGGAAGAUGACAUCAAAGUACACAUAGAGAAAGACUUCAUCGCUUUUCUUUCCUGCACCCCUGGAAAUGUUUCCUGGAGGCAUCCAUUCUUUGGGUCUCCUUUCAUCCAGUACCUUGUUGAGGUAUUCAACACCUUUUCCCACAAGGAUCACCUGGAGGAACUGUUCACCAAGGUCAUUAACCGCUUUGACCAAGGUCCCACUCCAGCCAUAACACAGAUGCCAGUCAAAGACAGAUGCAGUUUAUCAAAGCACUUCUACCUCUUCCCAGGCCUUUGAGACACCAUGCACUAAGUAAUAUGGAUUUCCUUUCCACAGGAAAGGAAAUCCGCUCUAUGGCCCUCUAACUCACUAACUCUAACAAACAUUGCUAAAAUGUGCUCCUUUUUGUCUUCCCAUUUCGAAUGAAUAACGCUCCGUUUGCCUCAGCCGAGCUGCUCUAGACUGUUCAUAGCAAUUCCAAGAUGCAAAAGCUGUGAGGUUAUUUACUAAGCCUUCUCACCAUUCUUUAGUCACAUCUGAAAUCCAGAGGAGACUGUGCCUUUUUCAUUUUAUUGUUAAUUUUUUAUAUUGCCAUACCUGCCCAGGGACUACAGGUGGAAAUUAGCAACUGUUGCUAUAGCCUGGCCCAAGACAUCUUCUCAUGUCCUACAAGAUUAAUUUGUGCAUUGUCCCUGUUUCAAAUAAAUAAAUUCCUGUCCUAUCCUAUUAAACCCCUUACUGCCUCAAUUUAUUUACAAUUAUCUAAAAAAAGAAAUUGUUUGUGUUUUUGCCUUCAAGCAGAUGCUAAAUUGUUGGUGGUAGAGUGCUUCCAAUACAAUUCU